UGCCUCCUGAUUGACUCCCAACUUUCUGCUCCUCCCUUGCACAAACUUUCCCUUCCCUGCGCCUGGCUCCCUGCGCGGAUUCCGGAGCCAGCCGCGCUCCCCGCAUUCCUGCUGCCCCUGUCACCCCCGCCGGCUCCGGCACCCCCAGCUCGCCCGCGGCCGGCCGAGCGCUCCGGAGCACGGGGCAGGUUGUCGAGUUGCCGUUUGGGGCUCAGGGUCGGAGCCCAGAGCAGCCAUCACAAUAGCGUCCAACAGCUGGAACGCCAGCGGCAGCCCCGGGGAGGGGCAGGAAGAUGGACAGGAGGGAAUGGACAAGAGUCUGGACAAUGAUGCCGAGGGGGUGUGGAGUCCAGACAUCGAGCAGAGCUUCCAGGAGGCACUGGCGAUCUACCCCCCCUGCGGCCGGCGGAAAAUCAUCCUCUCGGACGAAGGCAAGAUGUACGGUCGCAAUGAAUUGAUAGCGAGAUACAUCAAGCUCCGGACGGGGAAAACACGGACGAGAAAACAGGUGUCCAGCCAUAUACAGGUUCUAGCUCGGAAGAAGGUGCGGGAGUACCAGGUUGGCAUUAAGGUCUCUAGCCACUUGCAGGUUCUAGCCAGACGGAAAUCUCGCGAGAUUCAGUCCAAGCUGAAGGCCAUGAACUUGGACCAGGUCUCGAAGGACAAGGCCCUUCAGAGUAUGGCCUCCAUGUCAUCCGCACAGAUCGUAUCCGCCAGCGUCCUGCAGAACAAACUCAGCCCUCCUCCUCCUCUUCCUCAGGCGGUCUUCUCUGCUCCCCCCAGGUUUUGGAGCGGGUCUAUCCCAGGACAGCCUGGACCCUCUCAGGACAUUAAACCAUUUGCACAACCAGCCUACCCCAUCCAGCCACCAAUGCCUCCAUCACUAGCCAGUUACGAGCCCCUGGCUCCUCUCCCACCGGCUGCCUCGGCCGUGCCCGUCUGGCAGGACCGCACCAUCGCCUCCGCCAAGCUGCGGCUCCUGGAGUAUUCAGCGUUUAUGGAGGUGCCGCGGGAUGCUGAAACGUAUAGCAAACACCUCUUCGUGCACAUCGGGCAGACGAACCCCUCGUACAGCGACCCCCUGCUGGAGGCCGUGGACAUCCGUCAGAUCUAUGACAAGUUCCCUGAGAAGAAGGGGGGCCUGAAGGAGCUCUACGAGAGAGGACCCCAGAACUCCUUCUUCCUUGUCAAGUUCUGGGCGGAUCUGAACAGCACGAUCCAGGACGGUCCUGGGACCUUCUAUGGUGUGAGCAGCCAGUACAGCAGCGCAGAGAACAUGACCGUCACUGUCUCCACCAAGGUGUGCUCCUUCGGGAAGCAAGUCGUCGAGAAGGUAGAGACAGAGUACGCACGGCUGGAGAAUGGCCGGUUUGUCUAUCGAAUCCAUCGGUCCCCCAUGUGCGAAUACAUGAUCAACUUCAUCCACAAACUCAAGCAUCUCCCGGAGAAGUACAUGAUGAACAGCGUCCUGGAGAAUUUCACCAUCCUGCAGGUUGUUACGAAUAGGGAUACCCAGGAAACCUUGCUCUGUAUAGCCUUUGUUUUUGAGGUAUCCACCAGCGAGCAUGGCGCCCAGCACCACGUGUACAAGUUGGUCAAAGACUAGAGGCCCUGUGGGAUGGGUGGGGCGUGGGGGGGGGAGAGGCCUUUGCAGAGAAGCUGCCCAUGCAGGAUGCCUCGGUGGAAGUCUUUUGAAAACGAGAAAAAGAAAAGCCAAAAAGACUGACUCACAAUCAAAGAUGUUUUCUACUUAGGAACAAUUUUUUUUAAAAAAAGAAGAAGAAACCAUAGAGCGAAAGGAGGGGCUCAUCCAGAGCUGGAAGGGGAAAGACUUGGCCUUCGUCGUUCCUGAGGCCUACCGCCUGUGUGCCUUUCCCAGCAUGCCGUCCUAGAGCAGCAUGUUGCCACGUCGACCGACAACCCCUUCUUAAUACCCAGAUGCACCUCCUUGCUCAGAUAUAAAUGAUCGUGCGUCCCGGCCCAGCUCUGCCUGGCUUCGUUCUGAUGAGUGGGUGGUGCUGAAAUGGCCUUUCAGAGUGGGAUGAGAAAGUGGAUGCUGCCUCGUUUAUCCAACAAGACAUGGUCUGGUCUGGAAACGGGCAAGGGAAAGGGAGAAUUUUUCUGCCCCACUCUUUGCAGUGGGCGAUGUGCAAAGCCAGCAUGGCCCACAGAGACGCAGGUCAGGUCUUUGUGUGUAACGUCCCCGUCAGUUAGUGGCAAGAGGGAAUGGUGACUGUAAAAAGUGUUAUCACAGCAAUGGCACUGAGCACUGUAUUUGUUUCAGGAGUGCAGUGAUCUUGCAACACUGUCCCUGGAGCUAUGGUUAUGGAGGUACCCACAGCAGUAUGCCUGGCAUUAUGGUUUGUGUGGGAGGGCGUUGGUCCCAUGGCAGUGUCCCAGAUGUUGGGAAUGUGGGUGCGUCACCUUGGAGUGUGUGUUGAACCAGUUGAGAGAAGAGGGUCCUAAGUGCAUGGCUGUGGGAGGUCAGAGCAGGUGGUGGGAGGACAGGAAGGUAGCAGAAUGACAGGAAGGGGCUCAGCUGGAGAAAAGAGAUCUCAGAGGCUAUGGAGACCAGCAGUAUAAUGGCUGUACCCAGGCAGAGUCUGAGAGGCCUGGGGGGGAAAGUCCCUGGGCUGGGAAAGGUGGGAUCACCCAGGAAAUUCUCAAACAUCCCAAGCGACUGGAAGCUUUAAGCAGCUCUUGCCGAUGCUUUGGCAUCUGACUUCCUGGCAGAGACGCGGGAAAAGCUUAGACCAAAGCCGGAAGAUCAGUUUAGCAGGGUAUUAACUUUCCCUAUCGCCUCCCAUUGCUUUCCUGAUCGUUCCUAUCUGCAGGCAAUGGAGUGGGGUCUACCCAUCCACCACAGUGGUACCUUAUAACCCACCUCACGUUAUCCCCAUUAGCCAAAUCCACCGAUGGUGUGAACCACACAACUCCCUGGACUUCAGGGGUGUCGCAUUGGCUGAAAUCUGGCCACAUGGCUGUGACAAAAUGGAAGGUGGUGGUAUGGCUGGGGUACAGCUUAAAGGGACACUGUUGGGUAGUGAAGGUCCAAAAUGUAGGGUUUGUCAUUUAAGGGGGCAGUCGGGAGAGUUGUCCAAACUUGAAUGGAAACGUUUUUUUCAUAAUUUUUUAAAAUUAAGUUUUAAAAUACGUGUUUUUUUUAAAGAGAGAGCGUAUUUUUAAUUGAGGUGGAGCUCUCCUGCCCCUGCAGCGUUUGCAGCCCAGCCUUGUGAAAGUGACUAGAACCAACAUGAAACUGACUCGUACAGUGUCAGUUCAGAUGCAGGAACACACCAACCAGCAAAAUAAAAGGUGAUGAAUGUCCUCCUCUCCCGCUGAAGUCCGUAGGAGUUUGGGCUCCCCGCACCAUCCGGGCUCAGGCCCAGGGGUUUUUACUUAGUAGUGUUCCUCUAAUUAUUCAUUUGUGGCUUAAUAGUAAGUAAUAGGGAAAUGGCAACAGGAUUGUGUUUUCCCCACCCUAAUUUACAUAUGUAAAUUUUCCAUCUCUUCCUCUUUGGCAUUUUCGGUCUGACUUUUUUCAGUUUAUGCUUUUCCCUUGCCCCACCUGCCCUUCCCACACUUAACUGCCUCUCCUAUGCCCUGUCCAAUCCCCACUGAGGGACGUGGCUUUUCCACUGAGGAGCUCAGAGCCUGUCACUGGACAUGGGGAUUUCCUUUGAGAACUUUGUGACUAACGGGGGGGAAGCAAUCUGUGGCUGCAUUUCGGGGAGGAGGCCGUAUUGCAGGGGGGAGUUAGGAGUUGGAACCUGCUUCUUUUGCCACUAAGGCGAGUGAGUCUGGCGGAGGCUGGAGCAAGAGAGAGAUCGCUAGCACAAAGAGGGUGAAUGGAUGGGCCCACUGAUGGCUGGAAUCCAAGGGUCCUUGUUGCCCAGCUAGAUUAGCUUGUAGGCCUGAUCCCAGCGAGGCCGCUGCAAGGGGAGGUCCCAGUGCUGGAAAAAUGUCCUUUUUCUAGGAGACUGCAGAUCUCUGGAAAGGGGCCCAAAGAGAGCGGGAGUCUUUGAGAUGGUGUCUGAAGGAAGAGACUGGCCCUGUCAGGCGGAUGGUGAUUGGGCAGAUCUCAAGGGUUUGGUGCAUGUAGGUGGCAUAGAUGUAGUGGAAGGAGAGCAGGGGGGACACUGUCCUUAGAGUCCUCUCCCUUCCUCCCCAUCACUCUGCAGACUUCUCUUCCUUUCUCUGUCUUCAGGAGGGGGCCUGCUCCUGAUGAAGGGGGACAAGGAGGGGAUCUCACAGACAUGUGAGCCCUACUGCAUUGCGCUGCUUCCUAAACUGGUGGGUUAACGGCUUGUCAUUCCAUUGCUGACUUCCUCCCUCUCUGCUGGGAGGAAGGUGAGAGCAGUACUGGGCUGAGGAGGCAGAAGGGAGGGGAAGGGGAUGUUACAGAGACAGACAUUUUCUUGCUUCAUACCCUGUCUUUCCCAGUGGACUUAGCCUCGCUUUCAAGGGGCUGAAUCUUCAGUUUUGACCCGUUUCUUCUUCCUUUUUAUCCCCCUCUGCUCGAGCUAGGGAUUGAUUAGCAUGUUGUUCUGAAGGCUAGAUGCCCAGACAUUGCUUGGUGGCCAGGUGUACAGUUAUUGUAUAGCUAGGUAGGUAGGCAGGCAGGCAGGCAAGUAAGUUAUGGGUCUUUGAAUCCAAUAUGGCAGCCCUGGGUUUCUGUGACCGGGGGAAGCUGUCAGGAGCAUUGAGGGAACUGUGAAGAUUCCAACCCUUGAAGGAAACCAUCUGUUGGUCAAAGUUUUUCUAGUACAACAUAUUUAACUAUUCUAAUAACAUUGCGAUUGGUGCCACCCGUGGGCAUCCUGGAAACCCCUCCCCGGGGAGUCUUGACGGACACACCCAUGCCCACGUGAGCCGGAGGAGCUGCAUGGGACCGUUGACGGGGCGGCCUGUUGGAACCAGAGCAGUAAUACGGCAAAGCCCAGUGCACUAGCUCAGGAAACAAACCUUAAUGCAGAGCGUACACGGCAGUGCUGGGGAGCAAACAGUAGGCGCUGAAGUUCCAAGAACUGAUGGUACGUGGAAUUCAGAGCGAAGGCGCAUGGAGACUCCCAGGACUUCCACCCCCGAGUUAUUCUGAACCUUGGUCCCCCAGUCCCCCUAGGUGGGUGGAGCAAAUGUCCCAGGCUCCCUGUCCCCCUUGGCGUGGGCGAGUAGCUGUCCCCCAGAGUGGCACAAGCUUCGUUCCUAGGAAGACUCAGUCAUCGGUGGCUGAUUCUCGAAGGCCGAGCACGCUGACCUCUGGACACUUCGGCCCAUCUCUAGCUGUGGGGUAGGGAGUAGCUGGAGAAAAAGGAGGUGGGGAGCUGCUGUCUGUGCAGUUCGGGAGGGGGAGAAUCCUGAAUGCCCAUAGUCCCUUUCUGUGCCCAUGUUCCAGUGGUGGGGAGACCUGGCUGGGUUUCUUAUAUGUAGCAUGUUUGUUUCACUCGCAGAUCUAAAACUCUGGAAACUGAGGUUCAACCCUCCCUUUUCCAAGCAUUCCCGUCAGCAUGCAGAGACACACAACAAUGCCCCCCUCUUCCCCUCACUAACCUGCCUUCCAGACAGAGGGCGCUGUAUACACUCCUGCGGCAGGCUCCGGUCCCCUCGCCGAGGGGAGGGUGGGGGGAGUUUGCUCUGCUAGACGAGUUGGGCUUUAUAAAAACCCAACACAACCCCGCCCCGCCUUUGUGUUUGCCCCGCUCCCACACUGGGCCAGAGCCCUGUUGGAAAGAAACUCUUCUUAAACUGGACUGUUUUAUGUUUCUUAGCCCUUCAUCUGCAACCCACCCACCUCCCUCCCUUGUAAUCUCAGAGCAUCAUGCAGUAGAUCCGCUGCCUAGUUCCCUGGCUGUUCUCACACGCCCUCUGACCUCUGGUUUGCGGACACAAAUACACACCCACGUGCUGCCCGUUAGCCCGGCUGCCACUCACUCCUACGGGACAGCGGCAGAGAUGCCAAGUGCUUGGCUCUCCUGUAAUGGGACUUAAACAGGUACCCAGAGACUCUUAAUCAAUAACCAAGCCCCUUCCUCUCCUCCUCCCCCAUUGUAUUUAUGAAUUUCACAUGAAGUACUGUUUUAUUUUUUUAAAGACUUUGUAAAGCUUACCAGGGUUAUGGUCACCAUUUGUAGAGCUGUGUCAGUCCACAAUGUAAAACCAUUUUUUAUGUAUUAUAUUUUUUGUGUAUUUUUUUAAUCCAGCUGUGAUGGGUUGUAUCAUAUAUUUGUUGUGUUUACUGGAUCUGUCCAACUUCAACAAGGUGAGACAGUGGAGCGCCUACAAAACGAUGGGUCUGCUGAAAACCAUUAAAAUUAUUUGUUCAUGGGUUGGCUCAA